CCGGAAGUGAGUGGUAGCCGGGUCGGCGCGCGGCUUCAUGUUCCUCCUCUCUGUGAGCAGCGACGUCACCGCUACUGAGCAGCGAUCACAUCCAUAUCGAUCCUGAUAUUGAUCACACGGAGGAUGGCGGCUCCCGCGCUGCUGCUGCUGCUCGCGCUGCUGCUGGUCCCGGUCCGGAGCUGGGACCCGGACCUGGAGCUGCUGGACCUGGUGGAGGAGAUCCCGCACAACUUCUACCACUUCCUGUCCGUGGAGCAGGACGCCUCGGCAGUGGAGAUCAAGAAGGCGUACCGCCGCCUGUCGCUGACGCUGCACCCUGACAAGAACAAGGACGAGAACGCAGAGACGCAGUUCAGACAGCUGGUGGCGAUCUAUGAAGUGCUGAAGGACGAGGAGAGACGACAAAGGUACGAUGACAUCCUGGUGAACGGGCUGCCUGACUGGCGGCAGCCGGUCUUCUACUACAGGCGCGUGAGGAAGAUGAGUAACGGCGAGCUGGCCUUCCUCCUCUUCCUCAUCGUCACCGUGGGACACUACGCCGUCAUCUGGUCCAUCUACCUGGAGAAGCAGCUGGACGAGCUGCUGAGCAGGAAGAAGAGAGAGAAGAAGAAGAAAGUGAGCUCCAGGCCCGCAGAGGACCCCAGGUGCUUCAGUCAGGACAGGGCCCAGGAGAAGCCUCAGUGGCAGGACAUCCUGCCUUUCAAACUCAGCAUCUGGAUCUACCUGUCAAUCAAAGCCCUCCCGCAGACCGUCCAGGAGGUGAAGCAGUAUUAUGAAGACUAUCAGGAGAUGAAGAUGAAGCUGAGGGAGGAGGAGGAGGCGGGACAGGAAGCUCCUCUCAGAGAGAAGAGGCCGAAGGUGAAGAAGGCGAAGGUGGAGUUUCCUGUGUUUGAGCCGGAGGCGCCGCAGCCGAGCCACGAGGCCAGCAGCUCCAUCCAGGAGGUGGAGGAGCAGCUGGACCACUGGCUGCAGGAGCCCAGGAGCAGGAGGAAGAGUCCUAGCUGGACGGAGGACGACCUCAGUCUGCUCAGCAGGUUGAUGGUCAAAUUCCCAGGAGGAACGCCGGGCCGCUGGGAGAAGAUCGCCCACGAGCUAGGGAGAUCCGUCACCGAUGUGACGACUAAAGUCAAACAAGUUAAAGAAAAUGUGAGCAACACUUCAGGGCUGGUGAAGCUGUCGGAGCUGAGAGGAAGUUCUCCUCCGUCACUUCCUAACAGUCUGAUGACUCAGAGGGAGGAGGAGGAGGAGGAGGAGGAGGAGGAGGAAGAGGUGCAACAGCUGAGGAGGAGGAGCAGGAAGGCAGCGACGGCAGAUGGAGGGGAGGUCAGGGUCAAAGGUCGCAGGCAGAGGGACUUUGACCCAUUGGUGGUGGACGAAGAGGCGGAGCCUCAGCAGGAAGUGAGCGUGUGGACCCAGAACCAGCAGAAGUUGCUGGAACUCGCCCUGCAGCAGUUCCCCCGGGGAACCGCCGAGCGCUGGGACCGCAUCGCCAAGGUUGUGCCUGGGAAGAGCAAGGAGGAGUGUAUGAUCCGCUACAAACUGUUAGCAGAGCUGGUGCAGAAAAGGAAACAGGCCAAGAGCUGAAGACUUGAGGGAUCUACUUCCUGUCUGCGUGUCACUUCCUGUCUGCGUGUCACUUCCUGUUAGAGAGAUAUUUUUUUAUGCUUGGCUCGACGGCGACACACUCCGGCGUGGCUGCUCACCUGCUCAGGUGUGUUUGUGUUUUUAUAAAAAACGGACAAAAGCCUCUGAGCUCCUUGUGCCUUAGUGUGCUGCUCCACGCCGUCCAAUCAGCUCCCUGCGUUCUGCUCACAUGAUCAAUAAACGCCUUUAUUUAUUCCUGA